CCACCUCCACCACGAAUCAUUCACGCAGCAGCAGCAUCACUGCACGACCACGAUUACAGCAUCACCACCUCCACCACCAUCAAAACAGCAUCAACAAUAACAGAAUCGCCACCAUCAUCGCAGCACCACCACCAACCACCAUCAUUUCAUCGAUCACUCGGAUCGGCCCUGCAAAGCCGAGGAGACGAUGUGAGCUCAUGAGAGCGAGGCCCAGUCCCCGUGUCUCUGCGUGGAGGUCGCGCCGGUGAUGACGGGGAGGUCGGAGGCCCUGACAGCCGGGCUGGCGCGCCUGGUGGGGCUCACCACGGGGCUCCCAGACUCCAGCCCGGCCUUGCCGCGCCUCCUGUGCAAAGUCCAGGCCCGACUCGGUGGGGAGCUGGAGCUGGACCCAGACGAGCGACGACUGCAGGCCGCUGUGGACAGAGUGCACGAGGCAUUCGUCACUCUCUCGGAGCCGGACAAAGCUGCCGCCUGGAGAUCCCAGAUUGCGAGAAUCUGCCAGGACACCGUCCCCACGUUUCCCAGGGUGGAAGUACGCUGUGCGAUGGUGUCGCUGCUCGUUGCCCUGGCUGCUCCCGCAGGCUGUCCCAGUCACCUCCUGCCUGCGUCCGCCCUGCCUGCCUCCACUUCGCUCCUAGCUGAUGCCGCUGUCUGUGGGGUGGGGAGUCGGUGGCCUGCGAAGGAAACGACUUCCAUCCCUACCGGCCAUGGUUCCGACUUCUCAGAAAGUGAGGACUUCUGCCCAGAUGAAGGAAAGGAGUUGCAUUUGCAGCCAUUCAGCAGAGAGGACUCAGGCAUUCAAGUGGAUGUCACACCCUCAGAGGAGGCUCCCUCGCAGCCAAGGCUUCAGAGUGUGCAGUGGAUUGCAACUCUAUCCGAGGACCGGCGGUGGCUGGAGAAGAGCGUUGUGCAGCAGUACUGGACGGCGCCCAGGAGAAGUGCCCAGCACAGCUGUCACCCCAACGCCAGCCUGGCCUCCACAUGGAACCGGCACCUGCUCGCCACGGAGCCCCUGGCUGCCCCGCGUGACCACCUGGUGCUCACCGAGGCUCAAGUUGUCCGGGAAACGCUGUGGCUGCUGUCGGGUGUUCGAUGUCUCUUUGUCUAUCAGCUCUGCGAGGGGAAGGUGUUGGUGAGACCAGGAAUCACUGUCUCGCAUCUCACACCGAGCUGUCUACGAGCUGUCUGCGAGCAAUUCGCCUCCUUCGGGCAACUUGUCUUGCGGCUGCAGAAGUUUGUGGAGAGCGUGAGCCGCCCGCUGGGCCCCCGGGCAGGCCCCUGGGUGGGUCCCUGGGUGGGCGCUCACCUCCAAGGCCCCCUCACCCCGGGCCCCCACGGUCCUGGAGGGCCCCUCGGCUGGGAACGUCCCGCGGAGGACUCCGCACCCUGCCGCACCUACCAGGCCCUGGCCUGGGCCCUGGCUCGAUAUCUGCAGGGGUUCAAGCGGCAGCUGGCCGACGUCGAGCGCAGGGCCAUCUGUCAGGAGCGGGCGGUGACGCUGGCGAUGCUUCAGGCUGAACUCGCUGGACGCUUCGCCGAGCUGCGCGCGCUGCGACGCGCAUUCGCCGUCGGCGUCCGCGAGGUGCCACCCGACGUACCGCACGUCGUCAAGGCCUCGCACCUCCUCAACACGCUGCUGCACGCCGUGCUGGCCGGUGACGCGCUCGGAGAGGCGGCUGACCCCUCCGGGCAGCUGCUGCUGUGGCUGUGGUUGCAAACCGUGCGUCCAUACAUUGAAAUCAUCGACGACUGGAUCACGCUGGGACGACUUCACGAUCCGUCACGCGAGUUCAUCAUUCAGAGGAACGACGCGGAGCGCGUUGCCCGUCGCGACUUCUGGUUCUCCACCUACACGCUCUACUGCGUGUGCGAGAGGAACGGCGCUGCUGGGGGUGCCCGAGGGACUCCCACGGGGGGCCCAGAGGCCCCUGACGAGCCCACGAUGGCAGCGUUUCUGAGACCCGUGCUCAAGCAGCUGAUCCUGGCCGGGAAGUCAACGCAGCUUCUGCACGGCCCGGGGUUGGGGGGUCCGACUCGGCCCCCACACGGCUGGGACAGGGGCAGCCUCUACACACAGUUCUGCGAGGGCCUGGAUCCUCACCUGAGCCCCCCCGGGCGUCACGGCUGCUGCACCCCGUGCGGCACGGAGCCGGCGAGUGGUGGCACGGGGCCGGGGGAUGGGGAGGAGGUCCCCGGGGCCCUCCGAGCGCACAUGCAGGAGGAGCACCGGGACCCCCUCCUCGAGAUCAACUUUUCCAGGAUGUUCCUGGUAGAGCGCAGCUCCUCGGCGGCGUGGGACGAAUGCAACGGGAACACGGCGCGCGGUGGCGCCGAGGGGGCUGACGAGCCGCCCCGCCUCCGUUGCCCUCUCCUGCAGGCGCUGCAGCGCAGCCUGUACGGCCACGUGGAGCAGCGCUACCGUGCCUGCUGCGGGCAGCUCAUGGCCACUCUCAAGUCGCACUGCAGGCUGCUGUCGCACGUGAAGGCCAUGCGCAGCUACUUCCUCAUGGAGGCCGGCGACACAAUGCAUGCUUUCUGCACGGCGCUCUUCUGCUGCGACGCCACGUCGUGGACACAGCCUGACGUGCUCGUCGCACAGCUGCAGCACGCACUCGCCACGCACCGCACGUGCCAUGCGAGCAGGCUAAGCGUGAGCGUCAGAAAGCAGAGCCGCUUCCAGAAACGAAGCCUCGUGCACGCGCUCGAUGGGCUGCGGCUACACUACAAGGUCCCGUGGCCUCUGGACAUUGUGAUUAGCAAUGAGGACCAAGCGCUCUACAACGACAUCUUCCUCUUCCUACUCAAAGUCAAGUGGGCCAAGUGCAGCUUGGAGCAGCUGCGCUUCAAAGAUCUGCAGGAAACCAAGUGUAAGCAACAGCUGCAGCAGGCUUCUCAUGAGCGUGUGGUGACGGAGAAGGGCGGUGGUAGCGGCAGUUGUGGUGGUGGCGUCGUGCCAGCGAGGGUGCAGGGAGGCACCUGGAGGCUGCGGGACGCCGGGUCGCAGUGUCGUUUGGCGCCGUCGCCGUCCAGGAUCACGAGUUCCGGACGCGACCAGAGUCUGGCUCCUCACCGCAUGUAUCUGCUCCGCAUCCGCAUCCUCCACUUUGUCAACUCCCUGCACGGCUACCUCCUGCACAAGGUGCUGCAUGGGACGUGGCGCGAGUUUGAGAGCGAGCUGGGCGCCGCCGCCGACCUGGACCAGCUGAUCCACGUGCACGCACGCUACCUGGCGGCGCUCUCCAGCUGCUGCCUGCUCACCCAGGGAUUGGAGGUGCUGAGGGAGGCGCUGUUCCGCGUGCUGGAUGUUGGGCUGCAGUUCGCUGCGUGCUGGAAGGGUGGCCCCAACACUCCCAGCGUUCACAGGCUUGGCUGCGUCUUACAGCUGGAGUCCGGAUUCAACUGCAGCCGUUCCACGUUCCUCAACACUCUCAACCAGGCCGUGUGCCAGGGGAGGCACCCACUGCUGGAGUCAAUGGCUCAGGCCGUGUGUGGUUGACGCCAUCGCCACCUCCCUGCCAACCGCACAAGGAACCCACAAGUGGCGGCCACCACUGCAAUCCCCCACCACCCCAUCAUACCAACAGCAAGCGGGCGGUGUCGCGGU